AUGCUUCGCAAUUUCAAAAUAAGGCCACGCCAGUUGGCUUCUAUUCGUGGAUUGGCCACCACUGCAGAUCCAGCCGUAAAUCCAAAUAGACACCAUGGAGGAUUGAAGGAUCAAGAUCGUAUUUUCCAAAACCUUUAUGGAAAUUAUGGUCAUGAUUUGAAAUCAGCACAAAAGAUGGGAGAUUGGUACAAGACAAAAGAAAUCAUUUUAAAGGGUGACAAAUGGAUCAUCGACGAAAUGAAAAAGUCUGGAUUAAGAGGAAGAGGGGGUGCAGGUUUCCCAUCGGGAUUGAAAUGGUCUUUUAUGAACCCACCUGGAUGGGAGAAGAAUGUGGGACCCAGAUACUUGGUUGUCAAUGCUGAUGAAGGUGAGCCAGGUACAUGUAAAGAUAGAGAAAUUAUCAGAAAAGACCCUCAUAAGUUAGUCGAAGGUUGUUUAUUGGCAGGUAGAGCUAUGAAUGCUACUGCUGCUUAUAUUUAUAUCAGAGGAGAAUUUUACAAUGAGACUGUUAUACUACAAAAUGCCAUAAAUGAAGCUUACAAGGCUGGUUUAAUUGGUAAAAAUGCAUGUGGAUCUGGAUAUGAUUUUGAUAUAUAUGUACACAGAGGUAUGGGUGCAUACGUUUGUGGUGAAGAGACUGCCUUGAUUGAAUCCAUCGAGGGUAAAGCAGGUAAACCAAGAUUGAAGCCACCAUUCCCAGCUGGGGUGGGUUUAUUUGGAAGACCUACAACUGUCGCCAAUGUCGAAACAGUUUCAGUUGCACCAACUAUUUUAAGGAGAGGAGGAGCAUGGUUCGACGCAUUGGGUCGUGAAAGAAACUCUGGUACAAAAUUGUUCUGUAUAUCGGGACAUGUAAACGAGCCAUGUACGGUGGAAGAGGAAAUGUCUAUACCAUUAAAAGAAUUACUAGAAAAGCACUGUGGUGGUAUCAAGGGAGGCUGGGACAACUUGUUGGGUGUUGUACCUGGUGGUUCAUCAGUUCCAAUCAUGCCAAAAGAAACCUGUGACACAGUUUUGAUGGAUUACGAUGCAUUGAGGGAUGUAGGAUCAGGUUUGGGUACUGCAGCAGUUAUUGUUAUGAACAAACAAACCGAUAUAAUAAGAGCUAUUCAAAGAUUUUCCCAUUUCUACAAACACGAAUCAUGUGGUCAAUGUACCCCAUGUCGUGAAGGAACUACUUGGUUACAAAGGAUGAUGGAUAGAUUCCAAACUGGCCAAGCUACUGAAAGGGAAAUUGAUAUGAUUUUUGAAUUAACUAAGGAGAUUGAAGGUCACACCAUCUGUGCUCUUGGUGAUGCUGCCGCAUGGCCAGUUCAAGGUUUAAUUAAAUCAUUCAGACCUGUAAUGGUUGAUAGAAUAAAUGAAUAUCAAAAGAAGCAUGCAGAUUUGGGACCAGUCCAAUACGGUGGAUGGAUUGAUGAAGGUAAAGUCAAAGAUGGUGUUGUUGUUGACAAUCCUAUACCACACGGUCAUUAA